ACUCCAUUUACGGACAAUUGGGCAAAAAUCCCUCUGUCCAUUUAUCAUUUGGGAUUCAGUCCCUAAAGAUAAAAACUUGCUCUGCACUCCCCCCUUUUUCCUUCUUCCUUCUUCUUCCUCCCUAAUCGUAUUUCUCUUCAUUCUGUUUCUUUUCGCGCAAAAAAUUCUUGUGAAGCCGUUGUCCUCUUCCGUGAGCUCGAAAGCCACAUCCCGCACAGGUAAGCUUCUUGUCUGGUUCGAUUGAAAAAUUUCCUAGGGCACUCUCCGAAUCCUGUUCCGGUUCCCUGUCGUCGGCAGUCGGUUGAUUCGGUCGAAGAACUACCGAAGGCUGUCACCGGUUCCGUGGCCCGUAUUUCUUGGUCUCCGGUGAAAUUAGAUGUACCAAGUGUGUUGUGUCGAUUGAUUCGGUCGAAGAACUACCGAAGGCUGUCACCGGUUCCCUGGCCCGUCUUUCUUGUUCUCCGGCGAAAUUAGAUGUACCAGGUUCCGAUGGACAUGGAGCAAAGUAGUCUGAAAUUAUUAAUUAUAUGUUCCUACGAAGGUGAGCAUCAUGUAAUUCGUUUAGAAGAGGGCACCACGCUGGAGGAUCUUUACCGGAAUAUAUCGAAAAGAUGGAAUAAAGUGAGUAUUGAGGCGGUAAAACUCCAAUAUAUUGCACCUAUUCAGAAAAGCUACGUGACGUUAUUGUGUGACGAUGAUGUCGCAAAUAUGUGGAGAAUGCAUAUCUUGUUAAAGGUAAUGUUUGUGGAUAUGAUUGCACGGUGCAGAAGCGAGCACCAGAGCGUGCCUCUCCGAAGCACGGUUGGACGCAGGUAGUAAGUAUCCACCUCCGCGAUUUUGUAGUAGCGCGGUGCAGAACGAACCACUGAAGAGAUUGUAAAGAUAUGUAGUGGGGAUAUAACGUCUUGAAGGGGUGAGGCCGAAUGUUCUGGAUUGAACGAAGAUUGCGCCGAUGGUAUCUUUAUUCCCGACGAAAGUACUAGUCUAAUUGCAAUGCAGAGAUGCAUUGUCGGGGAAGGGCAGACAUUCAAGGGACCGCAGGAGUUUAGAAAGUUACUGAAGAAUUAUUCUAUUGCCACUCAGAAACACUUCAGGUACCAAAAGAAUGAUUCGAGCAAAAUUAUUGCGGUGUGCAUCGACAAAGGCUGUGGUUGGCGUAUUUAUGCAUCCUUCCAUGCUCGUGAUGCAUCAUUCAGCAUUCGUAAGUGCAAUUUACAUCACACAUGUACUAUGAGUCUAUUGCAAUCAAGAGAUCAUCCAGCAGCCGAUGCGAACUGGAUUUCUGAGGUGUACAAAGAUAAGAUACGUUCUAUGCCAGCGUAUAAGGCAUCCGACAUCCGGGAGCAUAUCCAAACAGAUUAUGGGAUUGACGUGAAAUAUCAUAAAGCAUGGCGUGGCAAAGAGAAUGCGAUAAGGGCAAUUAAUGGUGGAGGUAGAGACAGUUUCUCACAACUUCCGUGGUACUGUCAUGCACUUCGGGAGUCAAAUCCGGGAAGUAUUAUAGACUGCGAAGUUGAGCAGGCAACCAAACGUUUCCAACGCCUUUUUGUUUGUUUAGGUGCAUGCCGGCUGGGUUUUUUGAGGGGUUGCAGGCCCCUACUCUUUCUUGAUGGGACACAUAUAAAAAACAAACACAAAGGGUGUCUGCUAAGUGCAAUUGCAGUGGAUGGGGAUGAUGGGAUGUUUACUUUAGCAUUUUCUGCUGUGUCUACGGAAAAUGAUGAAAAUUGGGAGUGGUUUUGCUGGAAGCUGCGAUCUGUUUUAGAAUGUGAGGGACGCACGGAUUGGAAACAGUACACAUUCUUCUCGGAUCGGCACUCGGGUUUACUAAAGUCAAUCUCGUGCGUCUUUCCCGGAGCACAUCAUGCGUACUGUCUCCGACACUUAGUGGACAACUUCCGUACCCAGGUUAUGCGGAGAUACCCAAUGCAUAAUAAGAAGCGAUGGACCGCUGUCUUCAAUAAGGCCGCCUAUGCUCCGUUGAGGAGAGAUUUCGAAAACCACAUUAGUUCUGUGGUCGAAUCAAUGCCAUUGGCCAGGGACUUCAUUACCCAAUCACACCCAGAAUGUUGGGCAAAUUCACUAUUCAGAGGCACUCGUUGGGGAAUAAUAAAUAAUAACAUUGCUGAGUCAUGGAAUAGUUGGGUGAGGUCCGCGAGGUCAAUGCCAUUCGUUGGGAUGUUGGAUACCAUUAGAAGGCAAGUGAUGGUAAUGAUGAAUGAACGCCGCGAAAAGUCGGAGAUAAUGCACGGAAGGCUCUGUCCAAAACAGGAGAGCAAGUUGGCACUAUCGUACAUGGCGUCUCGACGGCUACAGUGCAGUUCAUCCUCUAGAACUGUAUUCGAGGUAACAGAUUGUAAUGAAAGAUACGCAGUCGAUUUGGAGGCGCGCAAAUGCUCUUGUCGAGAAUGGCAAAUGUUCCGAUUGCCCUGCAAGCAUGCCUGCGCUUGCAUUGAAAAAUGCAGUAUGUCAAUUUAUGAUUUUUGCGAUCUUUACUAUAGCAUUGAAUGCUACAGAAAAACGUACCAGGAGCCAAUAAAUCCCGUACCGACGCAUGAUAUGGACGUGAUUGUUGAAAUUGAGGCGGACCAAAUUCACCCUCCUCCGUCGUCUGUCCAACCAGGCCGGCCAAAGAAGCGAAGGUUCGAGUCCCAGCAGGUAAAGAAUGCACGAAAAUGUGGUCGUUGUGGGCGUCUUGGACAUAAUAGAAGAAGUUGCAAGCAACGAAUAGAUUAGCGAACCUUUUUUUCAUUGUAC